AUGCUUGUCUGGAGCGCACUCACCGUUCUCGCCGCGGCGGGCCUCGUGCCCAACUCGGCGGCGUCCGACAUCCCCAAGAUCCGCCGCCUGAUGGUCGACAGUCGUUUCAUCUCGAUCAUAUCGCCGUGCUCUGUCGGUGGGCGAAACCGCAACAACGCCGCAGAGUGGCUGCGCACUGCGUUCCACGACGCUGCGGCCUACGACUCAGCAACAGGCACCGGUGGCAUCGACGGCUCGAUCCAGUAUGAGUUUGGUUUCUCCGACAACGCGGGUGUCACAUUCCCCUCCACGAUCCAGCAGUACAAGUUUUUCCAGCAGGAGGGCGUCACUCUGGCCGACCUCGUCGUCCUGGGCGCUACGGUCGCUGUUGGGUCUUGCGGUGGUCCGAUUGUGCCCUUCCGCGUCGGUCGCACAGAUGUCGGCGCCGCAUCGACUGAGGGCUUCCUCCCUAAGGCUGAUGGAACGACCGAAACGCACCUGGAGAUCUUCGCCCGCAUGGGCUUUAGCCAGACCGAGGCUAUCACCCUCGUGGCGUGCGGCCACACCCUCGGCGGCGUGCACAGCAGCGUCCACCCCGAGCUGACGUCCGAGGCGCACGCCUCGUUUGACGGCACCCUCGCCAACUUUGACAACGAGAUUGCCAAGCAGCACUUGAACAAGUCGGUGCUCGCCCCGCUCAACGAGCCAUGGGACCCCGCCGCGCCCGGCCGCAGCUCGGACGCGCGCCUCUUCAACAGUGACAACAACGCGACCAUCGCCCGCCUCGCCACGUCCAACGACGUGUUCGUGAAUGCCUGCGGUGCGGUCUUCGCCAAGAUGUUUGACACCGCCGUCCCCGCCACGGUCAGCCUCAGCGGGCCCAUUGAGCCCUUCCCCAUCUCCGGCACCCUCCGCCUCUCCCUUCGCAACGGCGUCUAUUCGACCUCGCUCGGCGCAUUCCGUGUCUACGACAUGGUCGGCCAGUGGUCGAACCUCCAGGUCACGUACACGAACCGCGACGGCUCGCCGGGCGACCAGAGCCGCAUGACACUGCGUGCGCCUCGCACCCACAGCAUCGGAAAGACGAUCGAGAUCCAGGACUUUGCCAUUAACAACAUCCCGCCCGCUACUGGUCUCGGUUCAUUCGUUGCCACGCUUACAAUGAACGAUGGCUCCGUCUUCACCGCCACUGAGGGCGAGCACAUCAUCCCCAUUGAUGACACGGUCAUUGUCGACGUCGGUGCCGCCUACACCUGCAAGUACUCAGGCGAGGCCAACGACAAUGCUGCGGGUCUUAACGUCACGAUGGUUGUCCUCGGCCCCUACAACCCCGCGGAUCAGGUGUCCGUCAUCGUCCGCACAAACAGCGGCGACAAGCUCAACAUCCGGGCCACAUACCGCCGCGAGCGCGAUGCUUACUAUAACUUCUACAACGUCUUUAUUCCCGACAUGAACGCGAUUGACCUCAUGACGUUUGGAGCGCAGGUCAUCAAGGCCGACGGAUCCGUUCACAGGGACACGCGUGACGGUAGGUUGUUUGAUCUAGUUCUUUCUGGGACCGAACUGACCCCGUCAGACGUCUACUACCCCACAAGUACGCUUAGCAACUGCGUUGCCGGUGCCGAGGUGCCGCCCCCCGGUCCCACGCCCUCGGGCACACUCACCCGCCGCCGGGCGCCCGUUGACCCUCGCAAGCGCAUCGCCAAUGCCGACGUGUCGUGCCCCUCCGGCUACACGGUCUGCAACGAGCGCUGCAUUAACCCACUUACCGACCUCGAGCACUGCGGUGGCUGUGCGGGAGCCGGCGGCGUUGACUGCACCGCAAUUGAGGGUGCCGAGGACGUGAUCGCCUGCAUUGCUGGAAAAUGCGUGCGCGGCGACGAGUAG